AUGCCCUCGCCUCAAAAUGUACGCCGGCUGGUCUUGACAGCCGCAGUGACGUCGAUUACGAUUGUCAGUUCGCUAUAUGGAGCAGGGUUGAAGACGAAAGAGGAGAUUGCGGAGACCACGCGAAAACGCCAAGAAUCCACCUUCGAUGAGCAACUUACAGCUCUCCAGAACAUGCGCUCCAACCUGACUGCCCGUAAAGGCAUACUUGAGAAUCAGAUCCGGGACUUGGAUGCCAAGAUGGAAGAAAAGAAACAGAGGGCCGCAUCCAGCAAGGACAAGGAGCAACCGGAAGUGCGGCGGUGA